CGUCGCAUGACGUCACACCUCGACCAUGCCCACCGGGCGGGAGGGAAAUGGGGGCACCGGGGGGACCCCAAGUGUGGCGGGACACGGGGAGGGCCCUCGUGGUAUGGGGAUCACCCCCAGCUGGGAUUUGGGGUGCGCCUGGGGCAUGGUAGGGGGGUCCCCAAAAAUGUCCCGCCCGCUCGUGGGAUGCUGCUCGUGUAUGGAGGUCCCCGAAAGUGUGGGGCUCCCCUAAGGUUAUAGGGACACUCCAGGGAGUAGUGGGUGUGCCCCAGAGUAUGGGGGGGUCUCCAUAAGAAUAGGGUGCCCCAGGGAUAUGGGGUUGCUCACGGGAGAAUGAGGUGUCUUUCUGAAAUCCAUGAUUUCAGGUCUGCACGGAAACAUGAGAGGUGACCACAGAGAGCAGCAACACCCAGGGGGCUGUGAGGGUGCUCUGGAGCUGGGGGUUGUCCAAAAUAGGGUGGGUGUCUCCAGGAUGGAUGUCCUUGGGUGUGUAGUGACACCCAAGGGAUAUGAUAGUGCUCUACAACUGUACCGGUGUCCCCAGGGAAGAAAGGUGCCCCAAAAGUGGGGAGUACUCACAGAAAGCUGUGAGGAUGGGGGUGCUCCAAGGGUUUGUGGGUGCCUGGGGGAUGCUCUUGGAUGCAGGUUUCCCCUAAAGGCAAUAGGGGUACUCAGAGGAGUGAGCCAGGGGGUUCUCUAAGUCUGUGGGGCUGGCAUGGGGGCACAGCUCUGUCUGAUGGCAUGGUUUGACUUGGGUCUGUCAGCUCGGCAUGGCACAGCUAGGGUGAGACAGAAAUGGGACUCUACUCGGGAGGGGUCCCCCACAGCAACCCCCAACAGGGGCCAAGCCAGCCCUGCAGUUCACCUGUGCACCCUCCAAAAUGCUGGUGCCACACUUGCUCUAUCCAUGGGGAAACUUGAGUUACAGAGCUUUGCACUGCCAUCACCCACUGGCCACGGCCUCGGAGAGCUCCCAGUCUCCUGGGGGGACUGCAGCACCAAGGGGUGUCUUGGAGGGAGCCUCGCACCCACUGAGGGCCUGGGGACAAGUGAGAAAAAGCUUGGGACUGGGAGAAGACCCCAGAUUUGAGGAGAAAGCGACAGCAGCGAGCGGCAAAAUGGAGUCCUUGUCCUUCAAUGGGGAUUUGUCCAGCUUACUCUCCCUCUACAACUACACCUAUGACUACAGCACAGCCCUGCCUGACAUCGCUAUCUCCUCUGCCCCAUGCCGGCCUGAUGGCUCCGUCCUCAACAAGUACCUGGUGGUGGUGAUCUACUGCCUCGUCUUCAUCCUCAGUGUAGUGGGGAAUGGGCUAGUGGUGCUGGUGGUGACCUCCAGCCACACCAGCCGCUCUGUCACUGACGUCUACCUGCUCAACCUGGCCGUGGCAGAUUUGCUCUUUGCUUUCACCCUGCCCCUCUGGGCUGCCUACCGAGCCCACGAGUGGGUCUUUGGCACUGUGAUGUGCAAAGCCAUCUCCGUGCUGCAGGAAGCCAACUUCUACAGCAGCAUCCUGCUGCUGGCCUGCAUCAGCGUCGACCGCUACCUGGCCAUUGUCUACGCCACCCGGGCCGCCACUGAGAAGAGGCACUGGGUGAAGUUUGUCUGCUUGGGCAUCUGGGUCUUCUCUGUGUUGCUCUCCCUGCCCAUGCUGCUCUUCCGUGAGGCUUUCACCUCACCCACCAAUGGCACCGUGUGCUACGAGCGUAUUGGUGAAGAGGACACAGCCAAAUGGCGGGUGGUGCUGCGGGUGCUGCCGCAGACCUUCGGCUUUGCCUUGCCCCUCCUGGUGAUGCUCUUCUGCUAUGGUGUCACCAUCCACACCCUCCUGCAGACCAAGAAUGCUCAGAAGCAGCGGGCCAUGAAGGUCAUCUUCGCCGUGGUGCUCGUCUUCCUGGUCUGCUGGCUACCCUACAAUAUCACACUGGUGAGCGACACCCUCAUGAGGACACAGGCCAUCGCCGAGACCUGCGAGAGGAGGAACCGCAUCAACACAGCCCUCUCUGUCACACAGGUCCUGGGCUUUGCCCACAGCUGCAUCAACCCCAUCAUCUACGCCUUCAUCGGCCAGAAGUUUCGCAACAGCUUCCUCAAGAUCCUGGCGCAGCGUGGGCUGAUCAGCAAGGAUGCUGUUGCCCGCUAUGGCCGUGCCUCCUAUGCCUCCACCUCUGGCAACACAUCCACCACCCUCUGAGCCCUUCUGGUAUCCAGUCCUCGUGACUCCCAGCAGAUCCCGGCACCCCACACACCUCAGCAUCCUUAUCCAGCCCCCUGGAACGUGGGUGGUGAUGAUAUGGGGAUGGGCAGGGCCACCACUGGAUGCCGGACCCCAGCUGGAAGGGGGCUUGGGUGGCAAGGUGGUAGGAUUCCAUUGCCAGAGGAGCGAUGCCAAGUGCUGCCCACUCUCCCCUCUCUUUGAGACAAAGCCUGUGACUCUGGGGAUUCUGAGAGCCUGCUGUGGGGAUGGUGUUUGUGGCCGUCGACCAUGCAGCAAUAAAGGAG